AUGCCCUUGUCCAGCUUUCCCGAGCUUGAGGGUGCACUCUUCCCCAGCAUCGAUGCCAUGAAGCUGGCCGAGAAAAAAGUGCUAGCUCAACGCGCUGAGCAAGCUCGGCGGGAGGAUGAGCAACGUCGCCAGGCCGAGGCUGAGCAGCGCGCUCGUAAUGAAAAGGCUGCCCGCAUUGAGGCCAAGCGUGUAGCCAACGAACAACGGCUACAGGACAUGGCCCGUCAACGAGCUGCCGAGGUAGAUGCCGAGGCUGAGCGGAUGCGACGACAGCAACGAGAGAUGGAAGAAGAAGAACUGCGCCGCCAGCAGGAAGCAGAUGCGGCUCGCCGUCGCGCAGAAGAAGAAGCCGCAAAGAAGCGCUCUGAAGCCGCCCAGUUGGCCGCUGCCAAGGAGGCCGAGCGCCAGCGACGCCUGGAACAUGAAAAGCAGCGCAAAAUGAACGACAUGAUUGCACGGAUGCAACAAGAGGAGCGUGAUGCUGAAAUCCGGUGGAUCAAGUUGCAAAUGGCAGAGGGUAAAGUUCGUGUGGGGAAGCGCAUGAGCCCCCGGGGAAAAACAGAGUACUACUGUCGCACCUCCGACAUCAACGAUGUGACAGCGGGUGAUCUACUUGAUUGGAUCAAGUCCGACCGCGACCUCCCCUCUGGGGUUGAGGCUGUGGAAGAACAACCGAUUGCAGAGCCAGUUGCCAAUGCCAAGUUUGGUCAAGGCAGUCUCAGUGUCGCGCAGGCUGGUGCAGCAGCAACAAACAAGCCUCGCCAGCCCAAGCUCCACGUCGUGGACCGAGACUGGCGUCGCAACCAUCAGUCGUAUAUCCAAGACGCCGUCAGUGCUUUUGAUAGCAGCAAGGGCCUGCCAUAUUGGCGACGCGCCGUGUUCCAAAUUUGCGACCGCCUCGACGAUGUGGAAGAGAAAUACGAUGCCGUUCUCUCCCUCUACUGCUACGUCUCGCUUCUGCUUGCCCAUGAGGGGCGUCGGGGUCUCAAGCAAGAUUCGGAAAAUGCACGCACAGCAGCUGCCUUGGUUGAGUCACCUCCCUACCUCUCAAAGAUCCUGAAAGAAGCCCCAGGCAACCUGUACGCUCUGAUGACCCUUGGCCUCCUCCGCUUUGCCGGUGAUGACGUCCUUGCCGACAAGAUUGAUGGUCUUCGCAUCAUUCCCAGCACAGUUGACGGCUGGAUCGGUCAGGUCAUCGCUACGCGCCUCUACUUUGACUUUGUCCUCUGGCGCCAAAAUGGGAGUCCUCCCCGCGCUGGUUUUGAAGAGCUGGAAUUUGAGCCCGAGGCACCGACUCAGGGGUCUGCGGAAAUGUAUGCCUUUGCCAAGAACAAGCUGCAAGAGCUGGUGGCCGCUCUCAAUUUACCCGAAGUUCGCGUGGGCAACAUUCCCACAAUCCUGUCAGCCUUUGACGAGCGCGUUGCUGAGUUUCUGAGCCAACGCCGCGAGAUCAAGGCAUCCUUGGACAAGGUGGAAGAGCUGAAUAAAUUUUCGGUCGAUGCGGCGGCUGAAGCGGCAACACCGGCAGACAUGGACCUGCGCACGGUGCAAAUGCAGCUGGACCAGAUCAAGCAAGAGCUCAAGCGAGCUGAGGAUGAAGCCGCGCAGGCCGACAUGGAUAUACAACGCCACGAGGCUGAGAUGGAACGAAACCGAGAUCGCCUCGCAGUACUUGAGGCCGAACUGGGCUCUAAUUGA